GAGAGAGAGAAAUAAUUUCAUACAUGACAACAUGAUGCGUCAUAAAUGACGCGUCUAAAUGAGACGUGUGAAGAUCGAUCGUGAAAAUGAUCGAAAUUUAUUUGCUUUAAAUAUAAUAUUAGAUAGACAUACAUAUAUUUAUCCUUAUUCGUUAAUAAAUUUAUAUUAAUUAUUAUAUUACAAUUGUAUUAAUAAUUUAAUUAGAAAGAUUUAAAAAAACAAAUAGCACUUGUCUAAAUGUUUCAUCUUAAUUUAUUCCCAGACGAUUUUUUUUUCUUUUUCUUUCUUUUUUUCUUUUUUCUUUUUAAUAAAAAUUUUCAGCGACAAUCGAGACAGUACAUAAAUAAAUCUUUAUUACAGAAAAGUAGAGACUUUUUCUUGAACAUAAGAAAACCUGCAGGUCCGUGACCUUGAACCUUUCUUGUUAUCUUUAUAGCACCUCUUUCAUUUUUUAUUUCAUUCAAUUUGCAUAUACGAUAGUAUUAUGACGUUCAAUAAUUUUGACUUAUAAUAUUUUAUUUAUUUCCUUUGUCUUUUUCAUUAAUUUCUCUUUCUUCUUCAUUAUUUUUAUUCUUUUUUCUUACACACACGUAAAAAAACACGAGUAAAAGAAAUGCCUUCAUAUAAUCGUUAAUAAUGCAUUAAUCUAAUUCUAAAACAUAAAAAUUCGCUCUCACGAUCAAAAUAAUAUCUCAUAAUUGAGAGAGAGAGAAAGAGAGAGAGAGAGAGAGAGAGAGAGAGAGAGAAAAAGAUCUACGUAAUGAUUUUUUUUAAUAACAAAUAUCAUUUACAUUGCUAAUAAUAAGUGUCAUAAAACGUCAUUCGAAAUAUAUUAAACUCGAUAAUUUUUUCAAUUGUAAUUAUUAUCAUCAUAUUGGGUUAAUUGGAAAGUAAUUUCGUUUUUUCCCCACAGAGGAUUUAAUUGUAUUUUUUUGCACCCAACUUCACACUUAAGCCGCAUAAUCAUUAUAUGUUUUGAGAGCUGAUAUAGCAAGGCUUAUGUAUGAAAAAGUCCAAUUCAUUCUACGCAAUAGUUUUUGGUUGGUGCCCUUUUAAAUAUGGAGACCAAUAAGCAGCACUUUCGUCAUAUUUUAUUUUUUUACUAUAGAAAAGGUAAAAAUGAUGUUCAAGCUAGAAAGAAAUUAACGAUGUGUAUGGAGAAAAUGUGUUGACAAUAUGCCAGUGCCAGAACUGGUUUGCAAAUUUCGAUCCGGCAAUUUUGACGUCGAAGAUGCACCACGUUCUGGAAAGCCGGUUGAAGCUGAUAAAGACACGAUAAAGGCAUUAGUUGAUGCAAACCGGAGAAUAACAACACGUGAGAUCAGUGAGAGUUUAAAUUUAUCAAGUUCAACUGUUUAUGACCACUUGAAAGACCUGGGUUUAACCUUGAAGCUCGAUAUAUGGGUUGCCCAUGUUCUCAUGGAAAGAAAUUUGUGUCGUCGCGUUGACGUUUGUGAUUCGUUUCUCAAUCGUCACGAAAAUGAUCCAUUUUUGAAACGCAUCAUUACUGGGGACGAAAAAUGGAUUGUAUAUAACAAUGUUAAAAGCAAGAGAUCAUGGAGCAAAAAAGAUGAACCUGCUCAAAUCAUUUCCAAAGCCAAUAUCCAUCAAAAAAAGGUGAUGCUGUCUGUUUGGUGAGAUUUUAAAGGAAUCGUUCUUUUUUUGAGAUUUUAUCGGAUAACACAACAAUUAAUUCGGAAGUCUACUGUCAUCAGCUGGACAAACUGAAUGAUGCACUUUAACAGAAAAGGCCAGAAUUAAUCAACAGAAAAGGUGUAGAGUUCCUUCAAGAUAAUGCGAGAUCUCAUACAAGUUUAGUCACUCGCCAAAAGCUUUUACAGCUUGAAUAGGAUACAA